CAGCGGGAGAGGCUUUCCUUCAAGCUGUUAGUGUUUUAUCCUGGCAGGCUCCUCGAGGUUGUUGUGAGGAGUCUAGCCAGUUGGUGAGCUUUGUAAUCUAAACCAGCUGUCCCAGGCUGAGGCCCCCAUUUGCAUUGUUUAACAUACUUAGAAAAUGAAGUGUUCAUUUUUAACAUUCCUCCUCCAAUUGGUUUAAUGCUGAAUUACAGAAGAGAACUAAGCAAAACCAGGUGCUUUCUCUGUAUUCUCUCCAGUGUCUGAGGAGGUACAGACGGCUCCCGAUCUUCUCCAUUACUUGCCAUUUCAUUCUUUGGACUAUAAAUGACAGAGGAACUGAAGUGCUAGCAGAGGGUAAUGUUUGGAAAACUUUCUAGUUAUUCAUCAGCGCAGACUCUGGGUUUUUUCCACCUUUCCCCAACAGUUUUGGACAUGCAAGGAUUAAGAAGGAUACUGACUGCUUUCACACUGGCUAUCUGCCUUUCAAGCCCUGGAAAAGCACAGCAGCAAUGCACUAAUGGGUUUGACCUGGACCGUGCCUCUGGGCAAUGCUUAGAUAUUGAUGAAUGUCGAACCAUUCCUGAGGCCUGCAGAGGAGACAUGGUGUGUGUGAACCAGAACGGGGGCUAUCUGUGCGUGCCCCGCACAAACCCCGUGUACCGCUCGCCCUACCUGAGCCCCUACUCCAACGUGUACCCACCGCCCCCAGCCCCCGGCCCCGUCCCCAACUACCCCACUGCCACCCGGCCCCUCAUCUGCCGCUUCGGCUUCCAGCUGGAUGAAAACAACCAGUGUGCUGAUGUGGAUGAAUGUGCUUCAGAUUCUCACCAGUGUAACCCCACCCAGAUCUGCAUAAAUACUGAAGGGGGCUAUACCUGUUCCUGCACUGAAGGCUACUGGCUGUUGGAAGGCCAGUGUUUAGACAUAGACGAAUGUCGCUAUGGCUACUGCCAGCAGCUGUGUGCCAACGUGCCCGGCUCCUACUCCUGCACCUGCAACCCUGGCUUCACCCUCAACGACGAUGGGAGAUCCUGCCAAGAUGUGAAUGAAUGUACAAAUGAAAACCCUUGCACUCAGACCUGUGUCAACACCUAUGGCUCUUUUCUCUGCCGCUGUGAACCUGGCUAUGAACUGGAAGCUGACGGAGUUAACUGCAGUGACAUGGAUGAAUGCAGCUUCUCAGAGUUCCUCUGCCAGCACGAAUGUGUGAACGGGCCUGGUUCUUACUACUGUACCUGUCCUUCAGGAUAUAACUUGCUUGAUGACAGUAGAAGCUGCCAAGAUAUCAAUGAAUGUGAAAUCAGAAACUUCACCUGUACUUCACAGCAAACAUGUUUCAAUAUCCCAGGAGAAUAUAAAUGUUUAGAUCCAGUACGAUGUGAGGAGCCCUAUCUCCAGAUUAAUGAGAACCGCUGCAUGUGUCCAGCUGAAAACCCUGGGUGCCGAGAUCAGCCCUUCACCAUCCUGUACAGAGUGAUGGAUAUGGUGUCUGGGAGGUCUGUGCCUUCGGACAUUUUUCAGAUGCAAGCAACAACUCGCUACCCUGGAGCCUAUUACAUCUUCCAAAUCAAGUCAGGGAACGAGGGCAGGGAAUUCUACAUGCGGCAAACGGGACCCAUCAGUGCCACUCUGGUGAUGACCCGGCCCGUGAAGGGGCCGCGCACGAUCGAGCUGGACUUGGAAAUGAUCACUGUAAACACCGUCAUCAACUUCAGAGGCAGCUCUGUCAUCCGGCUGAGGAUAUUUGUAUCACAGUACUCCUUCUAAACCUCCAGUCUGUGCCCUGGAAGCAUUAAGCCAAAACAGACAGUUCCUCCUCUGCACAACUCUCUCCUCAAAAGCCAGUACCUAUAGAAGCUCCAGACCAAAUCACUAUUUCCACAGAGCUGUGACCUAUGCCUGUCUAGAGGCCUCUUCAUGCACAGUCCCGAGCAGGAUGCAAACAUCUGAAGAUCCCAUACGAUUGUCUGCGUGGUCAUGUAUUUUAAGGACUUUUCUCACUGUAAACACUUCUAGGGCAUGAGUUUAUGUGAAGACUGUGAACCUUUGUAGCUCCAAGGCUGCUUAGCAGAAAGCACCAAAAAACUGAGGAAAAAGCUGGCUUUUGCAAUCUUGCCUUUUUUAAAAUUUUUUUUCAUUAUAAAUGAAAAGCAGACAAACAAGCAGAAACAGAAACAAACAUCCACCUAUUGAAACAAGGGACCUCAGGAGUCCCAGUUUGCAUUCUCAAUUAUCUCUGGAAUUAUCAGUCAGGCACUUUGUUUCAAUUCACCCUGCAUUUGUCUUAGUUUCACCUGGUUUUUCUCAUUCUAUUUUAUAGUUAAAAUUCAUUGUAAAUUCAUUUCAAAAAACAUGUUGUACUAUGUAAUCUUUUGCUUUCUGACAAAGUGUCACAUGUUUGGGUUCCUUUCUGUAUUAAAUCUUUCUAUGUAACAAAGAUAGAAAUCUAUCACUGGAUGGUGUCUUUUACAACAUUUAGGAUUUUAUGCUUAUUUACACUCAAGAUUUUUGACACAGGCCUCCACUGCCAGAAUAGUGUCCAGCAUAAGUAGAGACUUUAGAGCAGAUAAGAAUCAGAAUUUUAUUUUUCCCUGUUUUCCUGAGUGUGAUAGUUGCAAACAGUGUGUAAUGGCUACAAGGUAGUAAUACUAACUCUGUAGGUAUGGCUGCAAUUAAUCUUCUGUUCAAAGACCACUCAGGUCAGACCUGUCCAUAUUCCUUCAUAAAAUAUUUUUUUCCACUUGCAGUCUCUCACCUACACUUCUAACAUGGGGGGAAAUAGCUGAAAAGGACUAGGAGCAGUCUUAUUCAUGCAGACCAGCCUAUACCAGUACCCCAAUCUCAAACAGUGGGAUCCCACAGUUUCCAUGGGCAUUGUCUUCUCAGGUAUAACUGCUGUAACCAAAAAAAAAAGUUUCUUCUAAAGUCUAAUCUGAAUCUCCAUUGUAAUCUAUUGCUUUUUAGCCUACUUCCAGUAGAAAUUGAGAACAGUUUAUCUUCCCCUUUGCAGCAGUCUAACAUGUCUGAAGACUGUUGUCAUGUCUCCCCUCAGACUGUUCUUCUCUAGUCUAAACAAACCCAAUUCUUUUGGUCUUUCCUCAUACAUCACAUUUUCUGGACCUUUGAUCAUUCUUGUUGCUCUCAUCUGGAUUCUCUCCAGUUGGUUCACAUCUUUUUUGAAGCACAGUGCCCAAAACUGUGAAAAGUAUUCCAGCUGAGGCCUCUCAGU